AUGCAGAAAUUUAUGGGGAAGAGCUCCUUAAGUCACUGGACAAAGAGCUCUCAAGUGUUUUUGAGGUCAGAUUUAGAUGCAUUAUAUCUUUCAGUUGAAUACUGGUUUGGUUUUACUUUGAAUUUUGUUUUCAAAGGUUUACUGCUCGAAUUUCCUAUUUUGCUGCAUAACCAGAGGGCUGUGCUGCUGUGGACACUGGUCCCUGCUGAGCGUGAUGCAUUUUUAGCUAAUGAAGCUUCAAAGAGGUUCACUUCAAGCAAUAAAUUGCUCUUGGAAAUAGCUACUUCUAGGUCUUCUCGUGAUCUGUUGCUGGUAAAGCAGGCGUAUCAUGUGCAUUACAAGAAAUCCCUUGAAGAAGAUGUUGCAUACCAUACAUCGGGAGACUUGCUCAAGGAGGUUCCUGCUGAGCGUGAUGCAUUUUUAGCUAAUGAAGCUACAAAGAGGUCUUCUCAUGAUCUGUUGCUGGUAAAGCAGGCGUAUCAUGUGCGUUACAAGAAAUCUCUUGAAGAAGAUGUUGCAUACCAUACAUCUAGAGACUUGCUCAAGCUUUUGGUUCCUCUUUUGAGCACUUACCGAUACGAGGGAGAUGAGAUCAGCGUCCCCUUGGAAAAGAAAGAGGCUAAGAUACUUAAUGAGAAAAUCUCAGACAAAGCCUACGAUGAUGUGGAGCUCAUCAGGAUCCUCUCUGCCAGGAGUAAAGCACAGCUGAUGCAACCUUGA